CCGUCGCGGGUCGGCGGCUCUCGAGCGCGCGCGAAGGCGCGAGGGAGGAGCGCGGCAGGCGCCGUCCAGCCCCGGCGCACGCACAGCUGGUGAGGGCCGAGGCCCGGGGACGCCAAGGUGGCCGCGAUGGUGGCCACGUGCCUGCAGGUGGUGGGCUUCGUCACGAGCUUCGUGGGUUGGAUCGGCAUCAUCGUCACCACGUCCACCAAUGACUGGGUGGUGACCUGCGGGUACACCAUCCCCACCUGCCGCAAGCUGGACGAACUGGGCUCCAAGGGGCUGUGGGCAGACUGCGUCAUGGCCACGGGGCUGUACCACUGCAAGCCCCUGGUGGACAUCCUCAUCCUGCCGGGGUACGUGCAGGCUUGCCGAGCCCUGAUGAUUGCAGCUUCAGUCCUGGGUCUGCCGGCCAUUCUCCUCCUGCUGACGGUUCUCCCCUGCAUCCGAAUGGGCCAUGAGCCCGGCGUGGCCAAGUACAGGCGGGCCCAGCUGGCUGGCGUUAUGCUCAUUCUGCUAGCUCUCUGUGCCAUCGUCGCCACCAUCUGGUUUCCUGUGUGCGCCCACCGCGAGACCACCAUCGUGAGCUUCGGCUACUCCCUGUACGCAGGCUGGAUCGGUGCCGUGCUGUGCCUCGUGGGUGGCUGUGUCAUCGUCUGCUGCGCUGGAGAUGCCCAGGCGUUUGGUGAAAACCGUUUCUACUACUCUUCGGGCUCCAGCUCCCCAACCCAUGCCAAGAGUGCCCACGUAUAAGAGGCCGCUAGCCUGUCCAUGGAGGUGCUGCAGAUACUGGGCCCACGGCCCUCGGUUUGCUUGCUACAGGUGGGGGAAGCCCACUCCGCUGCCAGGCUCCAAAGCCAAAGGUCCAGAAAAGCAUCCUGUCUGGCAUUUUUUUAGUCUAACACCCCGCUCCCCAUUUAUUGCCUUAAAUCUUUUGCUCAGAAAAUGCCCACACACUUUUCUCAAGGGUUUGCCCACUGUUAGCUCUUUUCUUGGGCAUUACUUUGUUGUUCACCAGUAUGUAUACAUAUGUGUGUAUAUGUAUAUGUAUUUUCCUCUCUCUCUUUAAAUUUUAAAUAUCUUGCAAACAUUGCUGAGGUGGGUGUGGCGAGAGAAAUAAAAGACACUUUUCAAACUGUUACAGAUGACAAUGGGAGCUUCAUAAAGAUGCCUUUCUGUUUGCUCCCUCCUCUUCAGCUCCAAGGUCAUUUAGUUAUAAGCGAUAGAAAAAAAUAGAACGGGGGACAUGGGGUGGGGAGGGAGGGAUUGUGGAACUUUCCCUCCAUGGGAAACUUUCCCUUUUGUAAGUCAAGGGCAAGGGGUGGGGAUAUUUUUUAGUUUGUGAUUUUACAUUUAUCUGUACAUACUUUUUCAAGUAAGUUUGAUCAUUUUUAUAACCAUGGUUUUCCUGAAAUUCUCAAUUCAUCAGUAUGAAGGAAAUGUACCGAAUAGACUUUAAUUAUGUGAUAAAUAACAGUACAAGUGAAUAUAACUGUGACUGACAUUCCACAAAACAUUUUUGGUUUCCAGGUUUGGAUGAUGUAGUUUUUAAUCCUACACUUGCGUGUGCUUCAAAUUAACACAUUUUUAAAGCCUUUCCCCCAUUCUCUAUUUUCAUUUUGUUAGCCAUCUUGAAGGGAUAUUGUUUAACAUAAAUUAUGCUGUUGAAUUUGGCUUUACGGGUGUAAACACUGAUGGCAUAUCAGUAUCUGAGACCCCAAACUCUCUAAACAUUGAUGGUGCAUUUUGUUCUUUAAGUGAAAUCUGUGCAAUAAAAUAACAGACUGUCUGCACAA